AUGAGUUCUCGGAGUGUGGGGGUUGUUACUAGAAGUGCAAGGAGGGAACAACAGGUGAACAUUGUGAGUCACAUACCAAGCGAACACGAGCAAGAUCAAGAUGAUCAUGAUGAUGUUGUUGAAUCAACUGCUUCUGCUUUUGACCGAGCUAAAAGACACUCAUCUAGAGGCUCACGGCGAGGACUCUUAGUAGUUGAUUUAGAUUCAGGUGAUACUACUAGAGUAAGCAAAAACCGCACACAGCAUCAAUCUGAACACGCAAAUGUUGAACUUAACAACUUGAGGAAGUCUAAUAAGGCUGUGAUGGCUCCAGUAGAGGAACCAAAGUUUAACUGCCCAAUUUGUUUGUGUCCAUUUACUGAGGAGAUGACAACAAAGUGUGGUCAUAUUUUCUGCAAAAGUUGCAUAACAGACGCCAUCACUCGUCAAGCUAAAUGCCCUACGUGUAGGAAGGAGGUGACUGUUAACGACCUCAUCCGAGUCUUCCUUCCAACCACUGUAUGA